UUAAUUUUUAAGUACACAGUCGGAGAGAAGAAAACAAUUCUUGAACUUGUAACUAUGGUACUAAGAGGGAUUUUGCUUCAAUUUUUAGUAAUUACGAUUAUGAAAUACGCGAAAGGACAAAAUAGUGACAACUCUUCUACUGAGAUACCACUACUGGACAAUCUAAAUAUGCCUUUAGUUGCUCUGUUCGAUACCACAAAACUUAACGAGGUGUUGAGGGCCGCUAUUAAGAAGACAGUAGAUAUCAUGAACGAGAUUAUUCCUCGGAUAAAACAGGCUGUUAUUAACGACAUUGGAUACGAACCUGGACGAGAAAAUGAAAGGCCAGCUUUUACAGCAUCGCUUACAUCACAUAAGUAUCUUGCUGGAUAUGAAGUUAUUAUAUUUGACAAAGUAUGGUUAAACAUGAGUGGAGCUUAUGAUAACGACACUGGAGUUUUUACUGCGCCCAAAACGGGACUCUACUCUAUUUCAACAACGGUUAUGUCUCAUCAUAACAGCCAUUUACACUGCUUUCUGUGGAAAAAUAAUGAGAGAAUGGUCCUGGCUUUCGGUAAUGAUUUUUCGACUGGGACUCUGAAUGUUGUGAUGGUAUUAAAGAAGAGUGACACAGUUUAUGUCAAACACGCCGCUGGUUCGGAAAGAAUUUUUGGAGAUCAAAGGUCGACAUUUUCCGGAUACCUAAUUACCGAGUAAAAAAAACUUUUAGAAGAAAUUGAU